GUGUUUCCAAAGUUUAUUUCCAUGAGACUCAAAGUCCAGAUGACAGUCCUGACACACCUGUGUUCUUCUCCGUCGGUGGGAAUUUGCUAAACAAUAGCUAUGCACUACUGACAGCUGCUGUUUCUGGAUUGUGCUAUUUGUCUUUUAGUUUUGUUUUAUGUGGAAUCCAUGUUGAUAGUACCUGUUUUCUGAUGGAGCUGAGAGAAUUCAACAAUCAAGUCCAUCCACCUCCAGACUACCCUAGUCCUCACGGUUCCCAGCAUUCACUGAGGCUGCGGACAGUUCCAGCCCAAGGCACAAGUGCGGUUCAGUUUGAUUGGGCCUCCCCACCUGAAGAUGCUGAAGACUCAAACGAACCUCGAAAUCUCCGUGAGCUGCCGCUGCACAUGGGUCUGAAGAAGGCAGUAUGGCAGGUGCAGCAGAUGAGAGUUCCAGUUGGUUCUAGCUCUUGGAACAUCAGACAAUCACAGACAUUUUGGCGUUUCUGUGAGGUUGCCAAAUUCAUUCUCAGCUAUUUUGUUCUGUGGAAGAGGGGAAUCCAAAGGAUAGGAGGUCACUUUGGUGGAGGAGUUCAAUCCUACUUCUUGUACCUGAGAUUUCUUGUGAUUCUCAACUUUCUGUCCUCCUUGUUAAUCGGAGCAUUUGUCCUCAUUCCCAGCAUUGUGUUUCGCUCCAUGAACUUAAACUCCACCAUCGCUCCCACAGUCAAUCUAACCGGUGUGGAGAUAUGCUUGCAGUAUGAUCCAAAACCUGAUGCCCUUCUGGUGUUUUACACAUACUUUCUGGACCUGGUUUCAGGAACGGGUUUUAUGGAGUAUUCAUACCUGUUUUAUGGCUAUUAUAAUAAUUCAGUGAUUGAGAGUAAUGGCUUCUCUUACAACAUCCCUCUGGCCUAUCUGUUGACGGCAGCCUUCUACUUCCUCUUCUGCUUGAUUUGUAUGAUUAUUAGAAUGGGCGACACAGCUCGUCUUGUAGUGACGGGUGGAGGAGCAGUAGGGGGUUACAGUAUGCUGGUGUUUACAGGAUGGGAUCAUGGUCUCCAAGGAGACCGUGCAACAAAACUUAAAAAAAACAAUCUUCGCCACCGAUUACAGGUGGAUCUAGAAGAAGAAAGGCUUAAAAAAAAGGCUGCCUCCCUGACUUUGGGCCAAACAGUCUCUCUCUACGCACUCCGUGUUUUCCUUAACCUAGUAGUCUUAAUACUCAUCGGUGCAACUUUCUAUUGUAUUGCACGGGCAACUCAGUUCAGCCAGUCCAACGUGGAAAAAUCAGACUUUACGGAGCUGCUGUUGCAAUACUUACCCUCCAUGGUCAUAACAGCAAGCAAUUUUGUGGUGCCGUUACUGUGCGACAAGAUUGCAUUACUGGAAAAGUAUUCUCCCAGUACCACCGUCAUCCUGGCACUGUUGAGGGCGGUAUUCCUGCGUUUGGUGAGUUUGGGUGUUUUGCUGUUCACUCUAUGGGAGCAGAUUACCUGUAAGGGAGAAAACAGCAGUGAAUACUGCACACCCUGUAAAUAUAAUCACAAACGAUAUGAGUGCUGGGAGACAAGAGUUGGACAGGAAAUGUAUAAACUGACUCUUUUUGACUUCCUGAUUACCAUCGCUACACUUAUCCUGGUAGAAUUCCCACGCAGGAUUGUGGUUGAUCAUUGCUCAUGUAAACUGACUCAAUUGGUGGGACGGCAGGAGUUUCUGGUUGCCCCGAAUGUUCUUGCUCUAGUUUACAGUCAAACGGUGGUUUGGACUGGAGCUCUUUUCUGUCCAUUGCUGCCAUUCAUCAACACCAUCAAAUUCAUACUCUUUUAUUACUGCAAAAAGAUAACUCUCUUCCAGAAUUGUCAACCAGCAACAAGAAACUUUCGAUCCACCACCUCCAAUUUCUUCUUCCUGUUGGUUCUGCUCUUUGGAUGGAUGUUGUCCAGCAUGGUUCUCCUUUACAGUGUGGCUAAGAUCCAUCCAUCUUAUGGCUGUGGGCCUUUCCGCACAAACUCAGCAAUGUGGGAUGUUGUACCAGGAGCUGUCACAAUGCUAAGCCACACCAGUAAAGAAUUCCUGUUUUAUAUUGGCUCUCAAAAAUUCUCCAUACCACUCUUCAUCUUCUCCUGUGUGCUCCUGUGCUAUGUGAGCGCUUUAACAUCUGUCCAUGGGAAAAGUGUAACAUUGCUGAAAUCUCAGUGUAAACUGGAACAGCGUGACAAGCAGUUCCUGGUCAGACAAAUUGAAGAGCUGAAUGCCAAAGUGCAGAAGGAACAACGUGAGCCACAGCAGCCCCAGAGAGAGACCAAGCCCUUAUACCACGCAGCAACACAGAGGAAUCAACAUUACAAUUAUGCAUUUGAUCCCGAUGAAUGCCCAAGGCCAUAUUAAGACUUCAGUGCAGUUUAUACUGGAAUUCUGAAAUUUGUGCACUCCAUUAUUUUACAUAAAUAAAACCAAUGAUAUUUUCACUA